GAAACAUAUUAAUAAUAUAGAAAAGUAUUUGUAGUUGCUAAAUACAAGAAACAAAAAGAAUACAAAACAAAACAACGGUACAUAUAUAUACGUAUAUAUAUAUAUAUAUUGUAUACAUAUAUACUUGUAUAUUUUCUAUGCCUACCACUUAUGUAAUUUGUAGAGAUUUCGAACUUUUCGCCCCACCACCCAACUAACCAUCUCUCGAGAGAUUCCGAUUCCAAAACUCCCCGACAGACCAGACAGUCCAAAAUCACAUUGAUUUAGCCCAAAGUCAAGUAAACAAACCCACAGAUUCUCCACAAGAACAACACCAUCAUCAUCGACAGUGUUAUCUGUAGCGUGUUUGCGUGAUUAGCGAAGGAAAAUAGAAUGAUGAGCUGGGCAGCAGCUAUUGGAGACUUUUCGCACGAGCUUAUUCGCUGCUCUUUCGCAUGGUCUUUGUUUUUCGCUUUUGGUUUUUUUUUUAAUUUAAUAAUGAGGAAAGAAGGCAGACUAAUAUUUUGCAGUCGCUGAAUAGAAAAGGCCCGUGCAGAAAGUUAAUUAAGCAUAAAUCAGCCGCGGCAGCAACAACAACAACAGCCACAUUCUUGAACGUAACAACAACAGCAAUACAAGAAACCAGCAGCUAAAACUGACAUUCGUAUUCAUUUCAAAUAAAAAUCAUAAAAAAAAACAACAAUUGGGCAUCACAAUUUAUUAUUAAUUGAGUUUUGGGGCUCGUGUUUUUAUGGGCUUGUAUAAAUGGUCACAGUCAAUCAUAGAAAGAUUGAAAAUGUAGAAAAGAAACGAAGGUUUCCCUAUCAACACGCAGUUUCUCUAUUAGUUCAUCAGUUUUUUGGGAAGUCGCCCAUUAAUAACAAUAAAACUAGUUUGUUUUACAUAUUGACGGAUUUAUUUUAAGUGAUCCUUUCAAUCGUGCAUCUUUCUUGAUUUGACGCAUUCAGCAUAAUAGAGAAAUUUUGCCAUUAGAUAUCCUAGUUUUUAACUGAAGUUUUCAAUAAAGAUUUGCAAUGACAUUUUAUUCUAUCAUUAUCAUUUGCUAAUCAAGCAUAGCAUCGAAUCGAGAUUAAUCCCACAUUCAGUCCAAAGAUAAUUAAGAUUCGUACCUGUCAAGUAUUGAAGCAUCCAAAAGUUGCGAGCUUAGAAAGCGCACUGCUGCUGCUCAGAACAGAUAUGUAUAUGCCAAACUAAAUUUUGUGGUCAUCGGAAAAUUCGAGCAGGCAGGCACAUAAAGCGACAACGCUUCUGCGUCAAAUCAGAAGUGUCCACUUAAGCUGAAUGCAGAGCUGGGCCAGAAGCAACACGAAAAGUGGGUCUAGUGGCCAUUGUUUUCAGCUUGCUGAUGUGCACAAUGGAAAAGCCGUGUGCAUACAGAUACAAAUACUCAGAUAUCUAUAUUUGAAAAUCUGGACAACAGCUGGAAGAGGCGAAGGUAAAGAAACAGCAAAGGGCCGAAUGCGGUUUAGUUGCGAAACGUUGCUUGAGUCUCGGAGAUAUGGCACUGCAGCUGCAAAUUGAGAAGCUCAAAGGUUUGGACAACUACAAGGCCUGGUCGAUGACGGUGCGGGCGUAUCUGGAGUCGGAGGAACUCUGGACGGUGGUGGAGAAUGGUCCCGAGAACAACGAGGAGUCCCUGCUGAAGGACAAGCGAGCCAAGUUCUUGAUUCUCUGCCUGAUCGAGACCAAGUUGUGCCAAUUCAUGGUCAGCAUCCGCACGGCUCGGGAUCUGUGGAAUUACUUGCGCACCCAGCACUCGCUGCGUUAAAGUAGAAAUCAAUAUAGAUCAGUUUCAGUCCAUUGUAUUACAAAUAUAUGAAUUACACUUCA